GCUCGCCACAGAUUCGAACCAGCCACAUGUUGCGUCGAGGUGCUGCACUUGGCGGGCUUGUCCUCGUCGGCUUCGCCGCGGUACCGUUGGUGAAGCAUGCCAUGACACGCUUCCAGCCCGCGCUCACGAACGCUCUCUCGGCGCCCAAGCAGGAGCUGCCCUCGAAGCGCGUCGCGCUCAUCCUCAGCGGCGCCGGCGUGUACGAUGGCACCGAGAUCACCGAGGCCGUGAGCUGCUUGAUCCACUUGAGCAAGGCCAAUGCGAACGUGACGAUGUUUGCGCCCAACAUUGCCCAGCACCAUGUCAUCAACCACCUCACCGGCGACGUCCUCCCCGAGUCGCGCAACGUGCUCGUCGAGUCGGCGCGCAUUGGGCGUGGUAAAGUCGAGGCCUUGGACGUGCUGGACGUGGCCGACUUUGAUGCGGUCGUGGUGCCUGGCGGGUUUGGCGCGGCCAAGAACCUGAGCUCGUUUGCGUUUGACGGCGCCAACAUGACCGUGCAGCCGCAAGUGGCGUCGGCGCUCUCGUCGUUCCACGCCGCCAAGAAGCCGAUCGGGCUCAUGUGCAUUGCACCGGUCCUCGGCGCCAAGCUCUUUCCGGGCGCAGAACUCACCAUGGGCAAGCGCUCGGGUGCUACGUGGUCGAACGGUGGUGCAUCCGAUGCGGUCGACGCCCUCGGCGCCGUCGCGAUCGAGAAGGCGUCGGACGAGAUCCACAUUGACGCGACCAACAAGAUUGUAUCGGCGCCCGCCUACAUGCAUGACGCUGGCACACCCGCGUCGGUCCACGACAACAUUGGCAAGCUCGUCGAGGCGGUCGUGCGCAUGGACUAAACGUCGACAAAAAAACUCUUCUUGUCUACUUCAACAAGGACGCUCUCUCCACAUACAUAUUGUGUACACACGAC